CAUAAGGAACACGAUCAAUAAUUCCUUUUGCUACUAUAAUCGAAUCGUGGCUUCUUCACUGCGGGUGUCUUAAAGACAUAGUUCACUUGCUGGAUUUUUAUUAUAAUUUAUGUUUGCGAUUGGCCCAGAUUGUUUUCUAUGAGAUGUAGGAUAUUUUAUAUAGUUACAGGUAUAUGAGCAUUGGGUUCUUUGUAGUCUAAAGCAGGACGAUAACUCACAAAAAUCUUAUUUUCAGGAGCUGUAUAUAUGGCGACAGUAAUUGUAUGGCUUUUAGUCACAAUUACUGGCAUAGAUCAUUUUUUAUAUUACAUAGUUAUAAGUACCUCUGGAGAUAUAACUUCAAUGUAAACGCUGCUUUGGCGUUCCAUGAGGAGAAUGUUCUUGCUAUAGACGGGGAACCACCAAAUACACCCAUAUUUGCCAUUGUAAUGCCGGUGGGUCAUCAGAAACUUUUGUAAAUAUUUAUGUCAGUCAUCGCCUACGAAAACGGUCUGGGUAAAUCAGAAACCUACACUAAAGCUGAAUUAUCGGGAAGAAAACAAACCACCCGUAAGCGAACUAGGGCAUUAGAGUAGCUGGCAUGUGUGAAUGCUCGAAAAAUGAUCGCCGUUUUAAAAGCUCGAAAACAUUCCUUGUUUAUCAUGGGAGGGAGUAUAAGUCGGCCAAUGGGUUAAGACGUAGAGAAGGAGUCCUCCGACUUGUUUUGACUUGAGUCAUUACCUGUACAUCUGUACCUUGUGUUGUAGCUGUAAAUGUAUGUCGUUUCUGGUGAACUGGUAAUUAUAUUUGAUGGAUUAUUUCAGACAGUGGCUGUUUGGAAAAUGUAAACAUCUGCUUGCUCCAGUGUGCAGAAGGUUAUUGCACAUGAGAUUGAACGCCAUGUUUGUCUGGCAAAUAGGCUUUGCAUCAAACUUUGAACUCAAGCCCAGCUUGUGUUUAACAAGCUAGUUGUGUCAGAAGGAUAUGUGCACAUUAUUUACUCUCCUGUGGAAGCUGUAGGAUAUGUGCGCAUUGUUUACUCUCCUGUGGAAGCUGUAGGAUAUGUGCACAUUGUUUACUCUCCUGUGGAAGCUGUAGGAUGUGCAUAUUAUUUACUGUCCUGUGGAAGCUGUAGGAUGUGUGUGCAUUAUUUACUCUCCUGUUGAAUCUGUAGGAUAUGUGUGGCUUAUUUACUCCCCUGUGGAAGCUGUAGGAUAUGUGCACGUUAUUUACUGUCCUGUGGAAGCUGUAGGAUAUGUGCACGUUAUUUACUCUCCUGUAGAAGCUGUAGGAUAUGUGCACAUUAUUUACUCUCCUGUAGAAGCUGUAGGAUAUGAGUGGCUUAUUUACUCUCCUGUGGAAACUGCAGAAUGUGUGUGGCUAAUUUACUCUCCUGUGGAAGGUGUAGGAUGUGGCAUAUUUAGUCUUCUUUGGAGCCACUGAUCCCAUCACUGGUGCUCAACUCCUCUGGAGCUGUUGGAGUGGAUGCUGUUGGGCAGACACUGCAGCAAACCAGCUCAUGCAUUUAUGCAUUUACCCUCUUCCCUCUCCUGUUUUGCAAAGUUUUGAUUUUCUUUUCUCCCCCUGGUUGUACAUUUUCAGAGUCUCUGCACCGGUGCCAUUUUGUUGUAGUCCUAAAUAAGGUGCAGUUGCCAGGCUCCUCUAGUAACCGUUUCAGUGCAUCAUUCUCAGAAUCUGUCGACUGCUUGGCUGACUGAAAAGACCUGUUUUCCCACUCUGAGUUGGGAGCCUAGCGCUGUGUGUUGUGCCGCUCUGAGCUCCACUCUGAGUUGGGAGCCUAGUGCUGUGUGAUGUGCUGCUCUGAGCUCCACUCUGAGUUGGGAGCCUAGCGCUGUGUGAUGUGCUGCUCUGAGCUCCACUCUGAGUUGGGAGCCUAGCGCUGUGUGAUGUGCUGCUCUGAGCUCCACUCUGAGUUGGGAGCCUAGCGCUGUGUGAUGUGCUGCUCUGAGCUCCACUCUGAGUUGGGAGCAUAGCGCUGUGUGUUGUGCCGCUCUGAGCUCCACUCUGAGUUGGGAGCCUAGCGCUGUGUGAUGUGCCGCUCUGAGCUCCACUCUGAGUUGGGAGCCUAGCGCUGUGUGAUGUGCCGCUCUGAGCUCCACUCUGAGUUGGGAGCCUAGCGCUGUGUGAUGUGCCGCUCUGAGCUCCACUCUGAGUUGGGAGCCUAGCGCUGUGUGAUGUGCUGCUCUGAGCUCCACUCUGAGUUGGGAGCAUAGCGCUGUGUGAUGUGCCGCUCUGAGCUCCACUCUGAGUUGGGAGCAUAGCGCUGUGUGAUGUGCCGCUCUGAGCUCCACUCUGAGAGCAGGGUGUUGCGAGUGCUGGAAAGCAGCAGUUUGUGGGUAAGGGUGGGGUGAGGAAGGUACAACAGGUUUUAGCAAGUCAGUGUGUGUUUAAGUGAGUGGUACACUAUUUUGGUAUUUCUCUGUGGUGUAUACCAGUCUCUGGUUUCGCUGGGGGAAGGCUAGAGUUGAGAGUAUUUUUUCCAGCCUUGGUUCUCGAGUUCUUCAUAAAUAAUGUGAGUUUAGUAAGGGUUAAAUGGAUUGACACAAUGUUGGAGAAAACCGGUUGUGUCAUAGCAUUAGCUGGCCUUUUGUUUCACUGUUAGAUAUGUUUGGUAGCAUAGUUCACGAAUUGACCAUUUCCAGGUGCGUACGCCUUGUUUUUUAGGUCAGUUAAGCUGAGCUUCUUGUCUUCUCUUUUAGCGUGAUCCGGUGUGGUUAGCUGGGAGUACAGGUUUGGUUUCAGCAUUAAUAAAAAUGACAGUAGAUGCAGGUGCUGGGCAGAGCGAGAUCAGAAAGCUCUUUCACAGGCCUCCUCAGCUGUGGUUUAAACUCCCGUUGUGUCUUUAUUGCCCCUUUGACAUGUGCUGUUCCUGUCCGAGUGCCUGGCAAACAGACGCCUUUGUCUGUGCGGGGAAACUGCAGCCGCUGUCUCGGUAGUGUCCUGAGGUGUGAGGUCAUCUGAUCCUAGCCUGAGGGGAGGAGUUUCCGGAAGGGCAGGAUUGAGAGAGACAGUCACACUGAGGGGAGGAGCUUGAUGCCUGGGAGAUGUGAAUAUAUAAUGAGUUCCUGCCGACCAGCUCCCUACAGGGAACCACGGAAACCGCCCUCCACAAUUCACCCUGCCUGGAGGUUUGCAACUAUGCACCUCAAGCCAUAUCCGAAGUUCCAGAAGAAAGAGCUGCAGCUGGAGUCGAGCCAAGACAACGCCCGGGGCCUUCAUGCUGGCCAGCAGGGGGCGCUGAGGGCCGAGCGGCCCGCGAGACAGCCAUGCUCCCCAGGGGCCGUCCCCGGCAACGGCACGGCCAGCCGCCAGCCCCUCAGCGCCAUCUCCUCCAACAACGCGCCGUGCAGGGGCGGCGCCCCCGCCCCCAAACCCGGCGGGGAGGCUCCCAGCAGCCCCUGGGGCCGGAAGGGCUCCUCGCUGCCGGUCUCGCUGCUGCUCCUGUCCUCCGGGCCGGAGCAGGACGGCUCGCUGACCCUGUACCAGGGGGACGGCGGGGACGGGCAGCUGGACAUCUGGGCCGUCAUCAAGCCCGGCAACACCAAGGAGAAGAUCGCCAUCUUCGCCGGCCAGCAGUGCGCGCGGCCCAGCGGCCCGGGCAGCCCCGCCACCGGGGGCAGCAGAGGGGACGAGGCUCCCGCCAGCCUGCGGACGGUCUCCAUGAAGGCCAAAGGCUGCUGGGAGGUGGAGGGGUCCGUGGCCAAGCGCAGGAAAUGCUCCUCUGACCCGGACAAGAGGCGGGGCCCCGAGCAGCUCCCGCAGGGGGGCGGGGGAGCGGAGCAGGAGGCCGGGGAGGCGGAGCCACUCCGCGGGGAAGGGGAAGGGGAAGGAGAGGGGGAGGGGGGGGAGGAGGGAGGGAAGACUCUCUCCGUGGUGGAGAUGGUGGCCUACCUGGAGCAGAGGGCUAACGAGCAGCAGGUGGACUGCUCCAAACCGCUCCACCCGCGCAGCCUGGUCUCCGCGCCCAAGGCUCCGCCCCUGGAGGACCAGCCCGGGGGCCCGGAGGCGUGGGAGGGCCGCGAGGAGGAGGGCGAGAGCGUGCGCGUCCUGGACAUGGUGGCCAAGCUGGAGUCGGAGUGCCUGAAGAGGCAGAGCGAGCGGGAGGGGGGCGGCGACCUGUCGCGCAGCAACAGCCUGCGCCGCAACGUGUGCCGCGUGCUGCUGGCGGGGGCGGGGCCGGGGGAGGGGGCGGAGCCGCGUCCCGACCUCGCGGCCGGGGGGAGUCGUCGCUGCGACGCCGCGCCCGUGGCCCCGGCGGAGGCGGAGUCGGGGGCCGCGCCCGGGGCGGAGCCCGAGCGCUCCGAGUCGGCGGCCGAACCCUGCGCACAGACGGAGGAGGAGCAGGAGGAGGAGGCGGAGGAGGAGGAGACGGCGAUGGUGGAGGGCGGCUCUCGCGCUGAGCACCGCGAGGAGCCGCUCCCCGGGAUGCUGUUCUGCUUCUCCCCGCUGCAGGAGCAGCAGCCGCUGCCCACCGCGGAGUCUUCGCACGAGCAGGAGGAGGAGGAGGAGACUGGAGCCAAAGAGGAGGAGCUGGAGGAGCUGCUGGAGGAGGAGGAGGAGGAGGAGCUGGAGAAGGCGGCGGGCGUGGGGAGCCCUGAGCGGGUGCCCUUCCCCCUGCGCAGGCUGGUCUCCCACAGGUUCCUGGAGAUGCGCUUCAAGAUCCAGCUGCUCCUGGAGCCGCAGCAGUACAUGGCCCUGCUGCCGCACCACAUCAUGGUGAAGAUCUUCAGCCUGCUGCCCACGCAGACGCUGGCCGCCCUCAAGUGCACCUGCCACUACUUCAAGUUCGUCAUCGAGAGCUACGGCGUGCGGCCGGCCGACUCGCGCUGGGUCUGCGACCCCCGCUACCGGGACGACCCCUGCAAGCAGUGCAAGCGGCGCUACGGGCGGGGCGACGUGUCCCUCUGCCGCUGGCACCACAAGCCCUACUGCCAGGCCCUGCCCUACGGCCCGGGCUACUGGAUGUGCUGCCACGGCUCGCACAAGGACACGCCCGGCUGCAACGUGGGCCUCCACGACAACCGCUGGGUCCCCGCCUUCCACAGCAUCAACAUGCCAAUUUACAAGAAAGCCAGGGAGAGCGAGGAGGACUCUUAGUGAGGGAGAGAGGGGGCAUGGGCACGGGCACGGUGUGCCUUUUUUUUUUAUUUCUGAGGGCUUUGUGCGUGUGUGUGUGUGUGUGUGUGUGUGCGUGUGUAGGUGUGACAGACCAGGUUGCUGACGCUGAUGAGGAAUCACUGGAUCCCCCACCCAAACCUACCUGCUGGUUCUUCAAGAAAAAUGUCAGCACUUUAGCCUCACAAGACAGAGCUUCUCAAAGCAUUCUGGUUACAGUACUGCUUGCUUUUUUGUCUACUGGCAUUAAUCAUUUUUUUCUGAGGAUGUUGUUGCUUUAAAUCAGGGGUUGUCAGAUCUUAUCCAAAUGCAGGUGCAGGGGCAGGUUUUUGUUUUAGUUCAACGCUGACGCCUUAUUCAACUAAUUAACUAAUCCUGGCCUUCAAUCCAGACCUUGAGAAGUAGAAUGAGGUGUCUUGGUGCAGGGCUAAAGCAAAAAAACCUGCACCCACACCGGUGCUUUUUGGAUAAGAUUGGGGAAAAAAAGACAUUCGACAUUUUCUUUUGUUUAUGGGUAGGAUGUCGCCCAUACCCCGCCUCCUCUCCCACCACCUUCAGUCUCCGUAAAGCAUUAACAUGGCUAAUAAUGUCUGAGGUGAAUGCUUAUCUGCCAAGCAGAUAAUAUGGAAUAAUAAUGCUUUCUCAGCAUACCCAUAUAUGUGAAUUGCUAAAUUAUGUUGGGUGUAAUUGCAAAAAGGCCUUUUAAAUGUAAUAAUGUGAAUUUACCAAAUCGUACCCCCUCAGCCCCUCUCCCUGCUCCCAAUCCCCAGUUUAAUAUUCUCAACCCCCCCCCCCAUGACCAGUGACGGAGUUGGCCAAACAGCCUGGGCUUCUCUUUCCUGAGUGAGUGGAGCCAUUUCGAAGCCCUGUUGCGUUUACAAUGUAUAUAAAGCGAAAUCCUAUAUCAGUACAGGGUAAGGAACGAUGGCAUGCACAGUACUUCAGAAAGCUUCCGCCUUCAGCUGGUGGAACAGUUAUGGGUUCUUUUCGGUUUUUUUUUUGGUUUGCAGUUUUUUUUUUUUUUUUUACCCUCCCCGUUGUGUACAUAUUUAAGAAAUGACAGCUUGUAUAUAGUUCUAGCACAGGCCCGGCCGUUAACUCCUGCGAUACACCUGCAGAUACAGCCUUCGCUACUACCAGUGUUUUUAUGGGGGGUUUUCUUUUUUUAAGCAUCUCUAUCGCUCAUUCGACAGUCCUGUCCUGGAAGGGAAACAUUUAAACAUGGAAAGUUUGGGGGCAAAUCGAACUCCUCUGUUCUUUAUAACGGCUUAAACUGCACACCAUUCGGCUUGAAUCAAAAAAAGCAGGCAGGGCCAAGGGGAAUGGACAGUAAUGAUCUAAAAGAAAUUGUAUCCCUAUUUUUAAAGGCAUUGUAUAGUGACCCUGCAAUGAGAUUUUAAUUUUUUUUUUGUUUUGUUUUGUUUUGCCUGUGUGAGCAUUUUACAAUAAAGUGUGCGUUCCUGGAGGUUUUGUCCGUUCUGCCUUCUCUCUGUGGCCACAGUGUGCGGAUGGAUUACAGGGAGGAUCAGCAUGGUGCUUGACCUAGGAAAAGGGAAUGACUCUGGCCUUAAUGGACUACACGUGUCCAGAACAGUCUAGAACUUUACUCUGCCCCUCAGGGUUCCCACACUCCUUCAUAAUCCUUGAACAGUUGCAAAGCGAGGGGAAAAUUGGCCAAAUUAGGGAAAACCUUUAGUGAUUGACUGGCAACCAUCUUCUUGCCAACUCGGUAGCUUUGUUUUUUGUUUUCUGUCAAGUCCCGAAAUACCAGUGCACGGUUUGUAAUGUGCCUCAGUCUGUCCACCUCCCAGCAGUUAGCCCUGUUGCUCCAAAAUAUUUAAAAUCAUGUAUUUAUUCCUAAACAUUCACGAGGCAUUAUUCUGACUGUGGGAACCCUACCCCCCCUCCCUGAAUCCCACAUUGUGAUCGGUUUCAGAUAUUGAUGUCCGUAAAUAAAGAACAUUUAAACGUAUUCCCUUUCUGGUGUAGUUCAUGGUGCGCGGUGUGGGAGCAGCAGGCCGGUCUCUGGCAAUGCAGAGACAAGGCCGCGGGCUGUCGGAUGUGGCGGGGUUGUGUGGGUCGAGUAAGCCACAGCGGUGGAAAGAAAGCCACGGCACAAAUUGUCGCACCUCUCCUUGUGAGCGUGUUCAGUUUUUGGGUGAUGGAUCAAUGGGGGUUGAUGCUUUUCUGAAGCCCUUAUUUCUAGCUUGUUUAUGGGAUUCAAUUAUUUUUUUUUUGUUUUUUAAGCCACAUUUUUUAAAGCACUUUUGUCUUGAUAGAACUCUGCUAUCCCUAUAUUCGAAACUCACCCAGCAACUCUGUAUCUGCCUGUCACUAAUACAGAAAAGGGAUGAAAGGAAUACACAAUCUGUAGUUAACUUUUUUCUUCUUUUUUUUUUUUUUUGCACCAUGUUCAGGAAUACUUUUUAUUUGCUGGCUUCUUGUGUGUGGCCUUAAAUCUACAACAAAGGUGAAAACGGCGAAUUUACACGAUGAAUGGGCAAUAAAUAUGCACUGUAAAAAGCAA